AUGGUGGGCGCCCUGCGGCUGCGGGACAUGGGCGACGGCCCCCGGGCCGGGGCGCGCGAGGGCCUGCUGGACAGCCCCGACUCCGGGCUGCCGCCCAGCCCCAGCCCCAGCCCGCCCUUCGACGCGCCCCAGCCCCGGGCCCUGGACACGCGCGCAGACCCGCCGGCGCCGGCACCCGGACCCGAACCCGAACCCGAACCCGCGCCGCGGGAGGCCGCAGCGCCCCUUGCCCUGCCCCCUGACUCCCUGGUGCUGGUGAAGAGGCCCCGGAUGCUGCCCGUAUUCUUUGGGGAGAGAAUCGAAGUGAACCCAGUACCCACUCAUGCGAUCCGCUGCAACUCGGAGGUCACCUACGCCUCUGAGAAGCACUUUCGGGACAAGGUGUUCUACGCUCCAGUGCCGACGGUCACGGGCUACAGCGAGACCAUCGUGGCGGCCCCCAACUGCACUUGGCGCCGCUACCGCAGCCAGCUAACCCUGGAGCCAAGGCCUCGGGCACUGCGCUUCGGCUGCACCACCAUCAUUUUCCCCAAGCACCCACGCCCAUCCUUCCGUACCACUCUGCACUGCAGCCUAGGCUGGCCCGGCCGCCGCUUCAUGGCUAGCGUCCAGUUGCAGCCCACACCAGGGCCGCUCUGGUGUCCAGAGUGGGGCCGGGACACGCUCGAACCCACCCGGCGCUGACUGCUGCAGGAGCGAGGGACAGUGUCGGCUCCUGCCAGUACACAGGCAUCCCCUCACCCUGGCUGGGACCCUGUGUCCAGGGCCUUCCUGUGCGUGCAGGACACAGAG